GUUGGUCCUGAAUGUCUGCCUUGGCCCAGCGGACAGGGCAGUUAACCGUCCAACCAAAUGACACGUCUGCCCACACAGGCUCAUCCCAAAGGACACAGUAAUUGUCUAGCUGCCAGCCGCUCAGAUGCCCUGGCCUUGAAGCUGCCAGUCGGUGAAAGAGGGAGGUCGGGAGGGUGGCAGGGUCCAGUGGAGUCCGUGGGUCAGGCCGCCUGGCGCCCGGCCAGUUCCCACAGCUGCUGGGAAUCCGGCGAGGUGGCUGGGACCUCAAGGGCGCUGCAUGACUCCAGCGGGCGCCCGAGCGAGCGGGCAGCAGCCGGCGAGGCCAUGGCUAGCACCGCCGUGCAGCUCCUGGGUUUCCUGCUUUGCUUCCUGGGCCUGGUGGGCACGCUCAUCACCACCGUCCUGCCGCACUGGCGUCGCACGGCGCACGUGGGCACCAACAUCCUGACGGCCGUGUCCUACCUGAAGGGGCUGUGGAUGGAGUGCGUGUGGCACAGCACGGGCAUCUACCAGUGCCAGGUCUACCGCUCGCUGCUGGCGCUGCCCCGCGACCUGCAGGCGGCGCGCGCGCUCAUGGUGGUGUCCUGCCUGCUGUCGGGCGCCGCGUGCGCCAGCGCCGUGGUGGGCAUGCAGUGCACGCGCUGCGCCAAGGGCACCCCGGCCAAGACGGCGUGCGCCGCGCUGGGCGGCGCGCUCUUCCUGCUGGCGGGCCUGCUCUGCCUGGUGGCCGUCUCCUGGACCACCCACGACGUGGUGCAGAACUUCUACAACCCGCUGCUGCCCAGUGGCAUGAAGUUCGAGAUCGGGCAGGCCCUCUACCUCGGCUUCAUCGCCUCGGCCCUGUCGCUCAUCGGCGGCACGCUGCUCUGCCUGGCCUGCCAGGAGGAGGCGCCCACCCGGGCCCGGCCCCGGGCCGCCGCGGCCCCCGCGCCCGCCUACCGGCCCCCCGACGCCUACAAGGACAAUCGGGCCCCCUCGGCCGUCUCGGCCUCGCACAGCGGGUAUAGGCUGAACGACUAUGUGUGAGUGCCCCCUCUGGGGGUCGGGGUGGCCUGUCCUCCCCCUGCACCCCACCCCCGUCUUCCG